AAUCAAAGCAAGAUGGCCGCCAACGAGGGGUGAAAAUUUUUAAAUACUAGAGUUCGUUUUGAAUUUUAAGAUUUUUCUCACUUCGUUUCAUUAUGGUGCAAAUAAUCCUGAAUUAGUAAGUAUUUUUUUGUUAAGGAUUUUGAUUGUUUCAGCCGUGUGAAAUGGUCUUUUGCCAAAGUUUUGAAGCAUUUCAAAAAAUAUAUAGUGUGUGACAGUGUCCUUGUGUUCGUUUUAGCAAUCCAGCCGAGAAAGAUUGGAUGAUAGUUGAGCUACAAGGUAUACUUGAAAGUAGUCAAACAGGGGGAUAUAAUGGACUGCCAAUUGGAGAUCUACAUUUUGAUGAAAAAGUAAGUUACAUUCAAAUUUGUUUUAAUAUGUAUAUUAGUAUAUAUCUGUUUGAAAUCAACAAUAUCAAUUUGAUGUAUAUCACUCGAAUUACAUUCAAUUCAACAUAUGCAAAAAUUUGAAACAGGCCUAAAAAAUUUUCUUGCAUUGGAUAGACUACAGAGUAAUAAAAAUGAAACGUAUGGUGCACUUGGGAACAUUAGAAGAUCAAUGUGUUAAUUAUUUAGGGACAGCCAUUGCUGAUUAUUGGCCAUCACUUAUUAAGUGGCAAGGUUGUAACACUUGAGAAACCAUUUGCCGUGCUUAAGAAGUUAAAGAUAGUUGACGAGGAAUCUGAGUCCACCUCCACUGAAUACACUGUUCAAGCUUUAGUAAGAAAGAAGAUUAUAUUCAAGACUCGUCCUAAACCAAUUAUUGUAAAAAAGAACAGUGAAAAAUAAGGUACUUAUUUGCAACUACUAGUAAAAGAGUGUAUGAAAAUUAAACGUGCAGAAAUUGAUAAAGUAGUGUGGGUACUGGCUUGUAAAUUAGUGUAUACUAGGCACAUCAUAUAAAAUUAUCUGGUAUUGGUUUAUUCCAGAAAACAUCCAUACCUACCUCACAGAGGAAAUUGGAAGUAAAGUUAAUCCCCUACCCUCUUCAGAU